CACAGCAUCGGUCUCUCCUGGAGGAGCCUGGCUGCUCUCGGAGACACUUUCCACUGCCUUAAUCUGCUGUCACUGGGUUUGAGUCAGCCCUCCCACAGGAAGCGUGGGGGGUGGGCAGACCCCGGAGCUCAGCCUUCUGUUCGCCACCCCCAAGUCUGAGCGCCCUACUCUGGGCAACCCCAGAACCUGCUGCUGCUCUGCUCUGCUGUCACCACCGAUGCCCGGGAGGCCCGCCACAAUGUUUGGGAGGAAGCGCAGCGUCUCCUUCGGGGGCUUUGGAUGGAUCGACAAGAACAUGCUGGCCAGCCUGAAGGUCAAGAAACAGGAGCUGGUCAACAACGCAGAUGUGACCAUCCCAGACCGGCCCCUGUCCCCUCCCCUCACAGCUCCCCCAACCAUGAAGUCUGCGGAAUUCUUUGAGAUGUUGGAGAAGAUGCAAGGCAUCAAGCUGGAGGAGCAGAAACCAGGACCCCAGAAAAACAAGGAUGACUACAUCCCAUAUCCCAGCAUUGAUGAGAUUGUGGAAAAAGGAGGCCCUUACCCACUGGUCAUCCUGCCCCAGUUUGGGGGUUACUGGAUCGAAGACCCAGAAAACAUCGGCACACCGACGUCGUCCGACAGCAGCAUCUUCGAGGAGGAGGAGGAAAACCUCAGCCCCGGCAUGUUUGGCUACAGGCUGGAGUGCAAGGGCGAAGCUCGGGCGUACAGGAAAUACUUCCUAGGGAAGGAUCAUUUAAAUUUUUAUUGUACUGCCAGUAGUCUGGGAAACUUGAUUCUGUCCAUCAAAUGUGAAGAGGCUGAAGGCAUAGAGUACCUGCGAAUCAUCCUCAGGUCCAAAGUGAAAACGGUUCAUGAGCGGAUUCCCCUGGCAGGACUGAGCAAGCUCCCCAGCAUCCCUCAGAUUGCAAAGGCUUUCUGUGAUGAUGCCGUGGGACUGAAAUUCAAUCCCAUCCUGUACCCCAAGGCUUCCCAAAUGAUUGUGUCCUAUGAUGAGCACGAAGUCAACAACACCUUCAAGUUUGGCGUCAUUUAUCAAAAAGCUCGCCAGACGCUAGAGGAGGAGCUGUUUGGGAAUAAUGAAGAGAGCCCAGCCUUCAAGGAAUUCUUGAGUCUACUGGGAGAUACCAUCACACUACAGGAUUUUAAAGGCUUCCGAGGGGGCCUGGAUGUGACCCACGGCCAGACUGGGCUGGAAUCAGUGUACACUGUAUUCCGGGACAGGGAGAUCAUGUUUCAUGUCUCCACAAAGCUGCCAUUUACUGAAGGCGACGCCCAACAGCUCCAGAGAAAGAGACAUAUCGGGAAUGACAUCGUGGCUAUUAUCUUCCAAGAAGAAAACACUCCCUUCGUCCCUGACAUGAUCGCCUCCAACUUCUUGCACGCCUACAUCGUUGUCCAAGCCGAAAACCCAACCGGAGAGACCCCGUCCUACAAGGUCUCCGUCACUGCUCGAGAGGAUGUACCACUCUUCGGUCCACCCCUGCCCAGCCCCCCGGUGUUCCAGAAGAGCCCCGAGUUUCGGGAAUUUUUGCUCACCAAACUCACCAACGCUGAGAACGCUUGCUGCAAGUCAGACAAGUUUGCGAAACUUGAGGACCGGACGCGGGCAGCCCUGCUGGACAAUCUCCAUGAUGACCUGCACACCCACACUCAGGCUAUGCUGGGGCUGGGACCCGAGGAAGACAAGUUUGAGAACGGGGGCCAUGGGGGAUUCCUGGAGUCUUUCAAGAGAGCCAUCCGGGUGCGCAGCCACUCCAUGGAGACCAUGGUGGGGAGUCAGAAGAAACAUCAAAGCGGAGGGAUCCCAGGCAGCCUCAGCGGGGGCAUCACACAUAACAGCGUGGAAGUGACCAAGACCACCUUCUCGCCUCCAGUGGCAGCAGCCACAGGGAAGAACCAGUCGAGGAGUCCCAUCAAGCGGAGGUCAGGGCUGUUCCCCCGCCUGCACACGGGCUCCGAAGGCCAGGCUGAUAGCCGGACACGAUGUGACAGUGUCUCUAGCACUCCCAAGACUCCAGAUGGUGGCCAUUCCUCUCAGGAAGUGAAAUCAGAAACCUCGUCCAACCCCAGCUCUCCGGAAAUUUGCCCCAACAAAGAGAAGCCUUUUGUCAAGCUGAAGGAAAACGGCCGAUCCAGCAUCUCCCGGUCCUCAUCCAGCACCAGCAGCUUCAGCAGCACAGCCGGGGAGAGCGAGGCCAUGGAGGAAUAUGACAUUGUGAGCAGCCAGCCCUCCACAGCUUCACCCUUCAAGCAGGAAGUCUUUGUCUACAGCCCGUCCCUGAACAUCGAGAGCCCCAGCCUAGUAGCAGCAGCAACCCCCGUUAUCAUGAGCCGGAGUCCGACAGACUUGAAGAACAGGAACUCUCCGAGGUCCAAUCUGAAGUUCCGCUUUGAUAAGCUCAGCCACACCAGUUCCAGCUCGGGCAGUCCUGCCUCAGCCCAGGGAGAUGGCUCCUCUUCCACCAAGACCUUGGGAACAUCUGUCCACUACACUAAUCCCUGAAGCUGCUCCCAUGCCUGGUGUCCCCGCGCCACUGGCUUCAAGCUGAGGCCAGCCUUCCACUCAGCACCCUGUGUAACCCUAUCACCUUUCCUGACGUUCCCUGUGGUGGCGUGCCUGGCGGGCACACCUCCUGCCUUUCUGAGAGGAAGCUUCUUGUGCCAUGUAGCAUACACUGGACAUGCUGCACCCAGCCCCUCAGGGCCCACGCCCAUAGGUGUCUUUGUUGAUUCAUUUUGUGUCCUCCCGGACUGUGCCACAGCUGGGCCUCUGGCCAAUGCUGUGUGUGCAUCCGUGCUCUCUCCUACACGUGAGCACGGCCAACAAAAGGUCUCUGUGCCCUAAGCUUCCUCCCCUAUCACCCCGUCCCCUCUGGUCCCCACCAUGGUACGUCUCCAUCUUGGUUCUGUGAAUGGUGGGCAGAGGUCAGGCUUUGGGUUCCCAGCCUGAUUAGUCCAUGAAUAGCUAAGUUACUAAUUAGCCCUCUGUCCACAGGCAGGCUUCCUUCUCCUUUCCCUGAUCAAAAUUCCAUUAUAAAGUGCUAGGAAGGCCCAAGACUUAGGUUGGCAGGGCCCCGAACGUCCAUAUCUCUUUCAGGGAGCAGUCUCCGUUAAGGGGGUGAGAGGCUCCUUCAGAUGCUCCUUUUGGGAAUGGGCUUGAGGAGAAUGAGAGAAAGAGACAGAAAAGGAAUGAGACUGGAGCCAGGAAAGCCAGAAGCAAACCUUUCGGCCUCACUGACAGCGAGCGCAGGAAAGGGAGGGGAUGCUUUGAAGGUCAGUGGUCUGUUUGAGGCUCCUGCGAGUUACACCAUCAUGUCUCGACUGAAGCUGCCCUGGACAUCUUCCGUGGCUGGGAAGGUGUCUCUAGGUAGGAUUUCCACUCUUCUAGUGAUUGCCAUCUUCCUCCCAGAAACCAAGUUUGGGAGGGUUCUGGCAAAAUGCACCAGGACCAGUCAGGCCAUCCCAUGCCUCGUCCCAAUGGGCUUCCCAAAGCAUUCAUUUGUUACUCCAGCAUUUAUUAAGCAUUUGCUAGGGAAAAAAAUCUGUCCCCUGCUCCCAUCAGCUUCUCCCAAGGUCCCAGUGAACCUGCUCAGCCCCGUGAGCAGAGAUGUUCAUUGAUGUGGAUUGUCUGCAUCCUUCCGUGUCCAAAGUCAGACGUCUCUCUGGCCCUACCUCUCUUCAUUCAGACCACAGGUCACUUUCCAUGGCUGCUGGAAGGGGACUCCCUUUCCCAUCCUCCUCCCUAGCUCCGAUGGGGAGCUCCUUGUAAGUGAUCAGAGGCCAAGUGCAGGGUCAAGGAGGGCCUAGGAGAGAUUGUAUAGAUGGUCAUUAGUCAGCACAUUCCAAGAGAGGAGAUAGAAGUGUGCCAAGGCUGUGAGACCCAGACCCAAAUACAGGCUUCUGCUCACAUUUGGAGUCCACUAGGGGUAUGCCGUAGUGUUCACCCGCUCCCCUCACCUGGGCUUUGGUACUGAGAGCUGGAAAUCGCAAGACCAGAUGUAGCUCAUGGGAUCAUAGAUCCAAAGCAGGCAAAGGAAACUCAGAGACUGUCUAAUCUCUCAUUUUACAGAUUAGGAAACUGAGGCCUGUGGAAGCAAAGUGACUUAUUUAAGGUCACAAAGGUAGUAAGCUUCAAAGGUAGAAUCUGAAUCUGUUCCUCCCCCAGAGCCUGACUUUCCAUUACACCAGGGCCCAACGGAUGCUUUCAUGUCUUAGAGAUCUGGACAACGAGAACUGAGUAGCACGCACAGGAGGUAGGCUGAAGGUUCCCCUAUCAACUUAAUCUCAGACUUUCCAAAAUAUUAAGGGCAAAAGUCAGCCCCACAUGCGAGAUUCUAUAGAAAGUACCCUGGUGUGCCAUCGUGGCCAAGGCAUACUUCAUUCCCAGGGUCUGUGCCUGAGACCCCUUCCCCUUUUCCUGUCCCGCCCUUCCACACCCUGUACUACCUGCUGUCCAUCGAUGGGAUUACUGCCCAUGGACUUCUGCUAAUCCCAAGGGAGUUCCCAUGCCUGGGCAGAAGCGCACAGACGUGGCAUUGGCCCCAUGCCACCGCAGGCCAUUUUCCCUUAUUCCUUCUAGGUCCAGGGACCCCACCUCCUUAUGGACCAGCCUGAUUCAUAAGGGGUGUCCCCCCUCUGACCACACUCAGUCCAUCCUCUCAAUCAGAAAAUGCGUGCUUUCUUGAGAUUUGAACCAAACACAAAUUUGGUGCGGUGUGAGGCCCUCUGACUCACGUCCCAUGAUGCUGCCACGAACGGCCUUGGUGCAGAUGGAGGCUGAAUUUGUAAUUGGAUUUUAGAGUCUGAGAUAGCUAACACCUUUGAGGAAGUGCAACCUCAUUGCCUUCAAGGAUACCCACCUACCCAAAGUCCUGGCCAAAAUGUGCAUUGCCUCUGAAUUUCAAAAUAGUCUACUUCUAACCAGACUCUCAAACGAUUUAAUGAGGUCCAGAAGCUUCUAGUGAUGGGCAUCUUGGGGUCCACAUGCCAGCGACCUCCAAGAUCUUCCCUAACAAAGACCUCUAUCACUAGGAGACCUCUUACUCAAACUGCUUUAAGGAAUGGAUCAGAGGCACUUAAUUCCAAUCAAACAAUUCAUAUGCAACAUACCUCCGGGUCUGUUUUCCUCACCCAAAUUGAAGUGGACAGCUUUCCUUUUUCCUGAGCAACAGUAUAAUUUCCUGCUGAUUUCACCAUGAUAUGUUUUAGAAACAAGGACCCCAUCGAUUUGGAAUUUGUAAUAAUUCAAAAGUAGGCUAGGGUCCUUUUUUUUUUUUUUUUGUUAGAAGAGAGCUUCAACGCUACAUGCUGUAAUCCCAUCUUUUGAAAGAUGAGGAAACUGAGGUUUCUUUUGCUCAAGACAGUUUGAGCGAUUUGUGGAAAUAAUUUGCUCAAGGUCACUUAGUAUCAGAGCUGGGAUGAUGAUCCAGGCUCUUCCCCUGCUCCCCCACCCCCGGCCGGUCCUCUUUCCCCUUUCCCAUCCUGCCCGUCGACACACUACCUGUAAGGAGAGGAGUUUAUUCUAAAUAAGUUUAGCCUAAAUAAGAUUGCUCUUAUAAAGAACUUUUCUCAAAAGUUGGCCCAGUCAGGUGCUCUUAAAAUUUUCUUUGGCAGCACCCAUUUGUACAUAAGCAAUGUGAUUAUUACGUAUGAUUCUUGUCUUCAAACAGGUCAGGUGGGACUUGGCCACACUUUUCGUUGUGUCUGUCUGUCCUUGAAAGUCAUAAACAAUGUUUAGUUGCAGAAUAUUAUCUAUUUCUUUUCACUUGUCACUAAUUCAGCCUGAGCCUUCUUCCCCCCGUCCUGUUCCAUCCCCUACCCACGUUGGUCAAAUAAGUAAGUUUUGACUGUAGCGGCUUCCAUCCGCCUGGAAGCAGCAGUGCCUUUAAUCAUGGUUUGGGGUGAUUGCCUUUUCAGGUUGUAAUGUGUCUCCCCCAGCCCUCGGAGCAUCAGGCCCCAUCUCCUCGUACCACCCCCAUCUGGCUCUGACCCACUCAGCCCACCUCCAGGCAGGCAGCUGUCCAUCUUCUUUGCCGUUCCUCGGAGGUGGAGUUUGGUGAGAGUAGACCAGAAGCCUUGAAUUCUCAUUUCCUUAUAUGUUGGCUUUAGUAGCUUCUGAAAUAGCCCUCCCUCCCUUCGGGUCUGGCACGGAGACCCAGCCUCCUGUAAAUACUUACCCAGUUGGCUUAAAGAGUGAAUAUUAUCUGCCCAUCUGUGUCGCCGGUGCCCAAGAGAAGGAAGAAAACAAGGCCAGGAACAAGGUUCUUCCUUGUGCCUCUGGAUUUCAAAUUUGUGUACAAUACUGCAAUCCAAACUUGGCUUUUAAACGAUCUAAAAGACUCGACAGCACAGUAUUUUCUACUGAUGGGGGCCUUGGGGUCCCUGAGAGCAUCUAUAGGAUGAUCAUGCCCUUCUCCUGGACUCUUGGCCUUUGGCGCUGCUCUUUGGGCUUACUGACCUUAUGUGUGAGGAGUGGAGACCUAGCAUAACUCUGCUGGUUAUUAGUGCUCGGUUUUGUUCGUUUGGAUGGUUCUCAUUGGGAGUUUGAGAAGUUUGCCUCUGUGCCGUCUAUGAAGAAAGUGUUUGCCAGGUAGACUUAAAGCUAGUGGUAGGGAUCGGGGAAGAUUUCAUCUGCUUGAGGAAAUCGAGUGUUUUCAGGUACGUUGGCGGCACCUGACUGCUCACGAUACUGAUUAACUCAAUAAGACAAGCUGAUUUCUUCACCAUUCAUUAAAGUGGCCCCAGCAGAACCUUUCCUGGUAAACCUUAGGUCAGCUAGAAUGACUGUUUAUGCUUGCAAAGGGAGAAGGCAGCCUUCCUUUGGAGUAGUCAGGCUUGUUGCUAUUUUAGACAGGCUUCAGAAUCCUAGAAAUCAGGAGACCACCUGAUCCUACUCCGUCACCUUACGGAGGAGAUAAGCUGAGGCCCAGAGGCAUGAAUUGAUUCACCCACGGUCACGUUGCCACCGAGUUGGGACUAGACACCAGGUCUCAGAUCCCAGUCAAGUGCUCUUUCCAUAGGCUCACCACCACCACCAUCCCCAUUGCAUCCCCACCGCCAUUAGUUUGAAUGAACAGCAAUAACUGUGUCCUUGGAUUCUACCAAAGUGAAUAAGUUGGGGUCUCAAGGUUGGUGCCUGAGUCAGGGAUGUGAAAGUCCCACUUUCUUAGGUGGUGUAGGACUUGGCCCCAGAUAAGUAACACAGUAAAUGCUUGAUCAGUGUUGAGUUGAAGAAGAUGGAAUUGGAGGGAGAAUUUGUUGAUUUUCUCUAGCAAAGACUUCCUAGGACUUUGAGCCCACCAAGAAAAUGAAAUGUCCAGACGGCCAGCUAGAUCCUUGAUUCGUUUUAGUCACAGAGCUCACAUUAGCUCACCAACCCCAAGCCUUUGGUAGGAGUUGGGGCCGGGGCCAAAAACAAGAUAGUUUAAACACACCCCAGUUCCCUCUUGGCAAAUAGCAAAGGAGUAGUGUCAAAAAAAAGUAGUAUCUUUCCUAUCCCGUACUAUCCCACCACCUCAUUCCCCCAAUGAGUAGACUGGGAUGCUAGAUUUCAUGGUAGGGCAUACAUCAGUUCAUUUAGGUGUUGCCCCAAGGACCAUGCAGAAGUAAACAUCUAUUUAUUACAUUCCUACAUCCAUAAAGAUCAGGCCUAGAGAACUGGGAAGUGUUUGGGGGGGAAGGGCAAGGCUCACAGAAGUAGGCCUUCAAAUGAUAUAGACCAAAGGAAUGGCCUUCCUCUAAUUGCCUGGGGUGGUGGUGAGUUAGUAUUUGCCAAGGGCAGGACUUUCCAGGAAUUACUCUGAAGUAGAAGAAAGAUUACUGGGCACUCAGGGCCAGUUCUGGGCCCUGCCCAAGCUCUCGUUCCAUUCUUUUCUCCUCCAAGUCCUAAGGAAGAUACGCCAUGCUGGUGAGAUUGGUCUUAUAAACUACUGUGUAUGUCACUGGAAUAUCCAUCCCCCUGGGAGGAGAGAUGGGCUAGGCCACAGAAGUAUCGGUCAAGGGGAGUGGAGCAUAGCAGACAAGGACAAGAUGGCCCUAGAAGGAGGGUACUUGGCUUCCUGCUUUGUGUCUAGCCUGGGCAGCUCCAGUGGGGUGUAGAGGAGCUCAAGAGGAAAUGAAUUCUCAUCGAUCCCUUUCUUUUGUGACGUUCCACUUUGCUGGACUUUGUUUUCUGCUUGAAUGAAUAAACCUGUCCCUUUCCAUUCCUCUCGCUUAUCUCCUAGCAUGGUUGAAGAUCCUACUUUUUCUUUUUCAUGAAUGUAGUUUUGUGACGCCCCCUCAAGUGCAGCAAUGUUCACCUGUGAAGAGAGUUCCUAGGAGUGAUGCAAUCUCAGAGCCAAGCUCAGCUCUGACAGCGGUGGUGAUUGUCACGUCCCUUUUUCCUUUUUAGAGCAGAGAGGUGCUUCGUAGAGUCUGAUUAUCUAUGCCCUGUAAAUAGUGUACAUUUAAUUUAUUGCUACGGUAACAUGGUGUAUUGGUUAAUGUAUAAAACAAAUUCUAAAAGGUUCACAAAUGUAUAUUUUGUUGCUUAGAUGUGUCUUUGCAGAAAUUCACAAUAAAUAACAUAUUUUGUGUC